AUGCAUUCGUGGAGCUUCAUUUCAAUGGCUGUCUUGACAUUUUUGUGGGUAUUUGAAGUCCACGGAGAGGAUAAUAUGGAACAGUGUCGCAACGAUGUUCUGGACUGUAGAGACGUGAAGACGCACAACUUAUGUGGUACUUCUUUGGGCGAACUGUGCAAAAAAACGUGUGAACGUUGUAAUGGACCAAGUGAGUACUUUACUUCUAUUAUUGUUAUGCUCUCUUGA